ACGACGAUUAUUCAGUCGACGUUCGAUUGCGGCAUCGAGCAUUCGCUCGCGUAAUCGGGCCACGGAGCCUCGCAGUUCUUCAGAACGUUUUUGGUUUCUUUUUUUUGGAUCGAUUCAGAUUAUCUCGGAAUCAUGGAAGUGCACGAGAUCGCGAUCGCCGUUUUCGUCGGGAUCAUCAGCGCUUAUCUGCUACCGCGGAGACGACUAAUUUACUUGAUCUGCAAAACCUUACAUAGAGACUUGCUGGGAGCGUAUAGGUUCGUCCGAGUGAGUGUUUUGUUAUGGUGGUGGGAACGGAAGAGAAUGACGGUGGCCAAGGUGUUCAGCAGGCAAGCCGCGGCUAACCCCGAGAAGAUCGCUUUCGUCUUCGAGGACAAGGAAUGGACUUACCGGGAGUUGGAGGAAUACAGCAAUCGCGUGGGAUGGUACUUCCGGGGCACGCCUAUAUCCCGGUCGAAGAGCGUCGGUCUGAUCCUGGAAAAUCGACCCGAAUACGUGGCAAUCUGGCUGGGACUAUUGAAGUACGGGAUGAUUGGCACUCUCAUCAACACCAACCUCCGCCGAGACGUUCUGUUGCACAGCAUCAAAGCAAGUGAUUGCAAAGCCGUGAUCUUCGGAUCGAACUUCAAAGACGCGAUUAAUGAGAUCCGGGUAAAACUGUAUGACGUGUAUCUGUACCAAUGGUCCGAAUCGCACGAUGUCCCGUGCUUGGAAGGAGCACUCCAUUUUAACUGCGAAAUUGAGAAAACACGGUCUGAUCCCUUGUUAGAACUGGACAUCGGAUGGCCUUCAGAUAAAGUGAUCUGCAUUUACACUUCGGGUACCACAGGGCUGCCGAAGCCUGCUGUUAUCGACAAUCUCAGGUUCAUGCUUAUGUCAUGCGGCGUGAAUUCUAUGUUGGACUUGAAGCCGACGGAUCGCAUUUACAAUGCCUUGCCACUUUAUCACACGGCCGGUGGUGUAAUCGGAGUGGGUCAGGCGUUACUCAAAGGAAUCCCUGUCGUGCUGCGAAGAAAAUUCAGCGCGUCCAACUUCUGGACGGAUUGCAUCCAUUACGAAUGCACUGUGGCUCAAUACAUCGGAGAGAUCUGCCGGUAUCUGUUGACCGCUCCACCCGCUGCUUGUGAUACCACGCACAAGGUUCGACUGAUGUUUGGAAACGGCCUCAGACCGCAGAUCUGGAAGCCGUUCGUAGAACGAUUCGGUGUGAAGCAAAUUGGCGAGUUCUACGGAGCCACUGAAGGCAAUUCGAACCUCGUGAAUAUUGAUAACAAGAUCGGCGCGGUUGGUUUCGUCCCACUGUACGCCGGGUCUUUGUAUCCCGUUGGCUUGAUAAGAGUAUGUGAGGAGACCGGGGAACCAAUAAGGGGACCCGAUGGCUUGUGCAUUCGUUGCAUACCCGGUGAACCAGGUAUCUUCGUAGGGAAAAUUAAUCCGAAACGAGUGAUGAACACUUUCUUGGGAUAUUACACGGACAAGAAAGCGUCGAACCAGAAGAUUCUCCGCAACGUGUUCAAACAGGGGGAUCAAUUUUUCAAUACCGGUGAUAUUCUGGUCAUGGACGAGCUUGGAUACUUUUACUUCAAAGACAGAACCGGCGACACGUUUAGGUGGCACGGUGAAAAUGUGGCUACUUCCGAAGUCGAGGCUGUCAUUAGCAACGUGAUUAGUUUGAAGGCUGCGGCUGUUUACGGAGUUGGGGUGCCCGGGACUGAAGGUAAAGCUGGCAUGGCAGCAAUUUACGAUCCAGACAAUAGCGUGAAUAUCAAAGAAUUAUCGGAGGGCUUGAAGAAGUCGUUGCCAAUGUACGCCAGACCACUUUUCGUUCGAAUCCUAUCAGAAUUACCAAUGACUGGUACGUUCAAAUUAAAGAAAAAGGAUCUCCAGCUAGACGGAUUCGACAUCAAAAAGAUCACUGAUCCAAUUUACUUCCUGGACCAGGAUUCCAGUGUGUACGUGAAACUAACGGAAGAGAUUUACGACAAGAUCCACCAGGGGAAAGCUCGACUAUGAAAGCCGUGAAGUUGCGAGAGUAAAAACAAAUCUCGAUUUUGUAUAAUUUUUAUUUAUUAACGAGUUAGCGUAGGCUAAUUUAAUGUCGUUCGCGCAAAUGCUAGAACCGUUCGGUCGCGGAGUCAGGCCGGGCGAUCAAUUGCAUUUACAACACAUGAUAUUUUUCUAACAGUUUCAUUUCAUUGUUCGGUGACCCGAAGUAGCGAGGGUGAAAGAAUUUGCGUUCUAAAAUUCCAAUUAAUUGUUUCCGCCGCGUAGGCGUGUUCAACUGUUACAUAGAAUUUCUAGAGAUUAAGAGACUUAUUAAAUAAGCUAGUUCCUAAGGCGAGGGAGGGACAGGGAUUGCGAUUGAGAGACAGCGACUCUUGUAAAAUAACGCGUGUAAAAAAGAAACGCCGCGCGACAUUAUAGUUUAAUAAAUUGUCCCUUGUUAAGAAAGAAAAAGUA